AUGAACGCCUUGGAUACCUUUACAAAACGUGGAUUUCGUCGAUCGUCUCGGACCCUUAUCGGCGAGAAGGCAUAUUCGCAGUGUCAUAAUGCAUACCGACGGUUUCUCCUGAAUACGAGCAAAAUUGACGUAACCUUCUUUAACGGCGAAUCCUUUCAAGUGUUGUACAACUUCGAUGCUACAAGAAGAAAAGAAGAUUCGUUGCUGAUAAACUGGGACACUCUCACCCCUCUGUUCGGCGGAGUAAUCCCAAAAUGUCAUAGAAGUUUCGUCAGACUGGAGCGGAUAUCAAACUUCGUCGAAAAGCACAUCCAUUUAGAUAAGUGCAAAGUUGGUAUGUACAACUUCUGUUCCUGCACAGGAACGCAGCCAGAGUAUCCCGAUAUUUAUUGGGACACGUACGACGACCGACGCUCCCACCAUUAUUGUUCGAUACAUGUCCGUUCGUGGUUGUAUCUGUACCUAAAGCCGAAGAUUUUACUCCAAGAAUCGGAGCAGCUGUUUUAUGAAGCUAUCCAAGAAGCACACGUGGACAAUCCAAAUGCCUUCAAAUAUUAUACACCGGAGGUCUGCAGAGAUACAGACAUUCUACUGGAAUCAGCACGUUCCCUUGGUGAUUCCUAUUUUGUCUACGCGAUUCAGUGA